CUCCUAUAUAAUUUUUUUUCUCCACAUAAAAUGUCUUCCAAUACCGUUAAAUAUCAUAUAUUUGAAGAAAAAAACUUUCAGGGACUUGUCUAUUGUGAUUAUUGUGGAAAGUUAUUAUGGGGAUUAACACGGCAAGGUGUUCAGUGCACAGAAUGUGGAUAUAGUUGUCAUGUUCAUUGUAGUGACAUGGUUAUCCAAUGUCGAAUUCCUAGACGUUUGAGUCCAGACUCACUUUCAGUUACUGAUUCAGAAGCAGAAUCUGUUGUUUCUAAAUAUUCUCAACGCAACUCAUUAGAGAGAUUUAAUAGUACAAGUAGUAUUGAAGAUAGUCGAAGUAGAAAGAAAAGUAUAGAAGAGCCAGUUAAAUCACCUAUAUUUUCAAAUACAACUAAAGAGUUGAGCAGAACAUUAAAGAUAGAAUCCUAUCGUAAAUCUUUGAAACAAAGGCUGCAGAAAAAUAAUAAUAGCGAUAUGAUAGAGAUAAGUCCACAUUCAACUGCCAAGGUAUUUACGAGAUUUGUUGCACGAUCAAGAGCGUUCUUUUGGAUAGGUCAAUGGUGGUAUGACAUAUAUAAUUGGAAGAAUAAAUGGCAUUCAUUUAUAGUUUGUAUUAUCUGGGUUUGUUCAUGCCUAUAUCCCUAUACGAUAUUACUAAUACCUCCUUUACUCGUUUGGCGACUUUAUUGGAGUAUUGGUUUGGAAGAGCAGCAAAAUGUAUCACAAAUAUUAUUUCCACGUUAUGAAGAGCAUUCAUCUGAAUAUUAUACCAACUUACAAAAUAUGCAUUAUACCUUCGUCUUCUUGAUAAGGCUCUAUGAUAAUCUAUCAUACCAUAUGCAACAUAUUCAAUUAACGAGUACAUCUUAUAAACUUAUGCUGCUAAUAAGCCUAUUGAUUUCUGUUAUGCUUGCCUUUGCUGGCCGUUUUUUAGUUAUAACCGUUGGUUUAGUAAUUCUACUUAAUAAGACGUGGAUUGGUACAGCUAUAGAGAUUAUACUUUGUAAUUUAAUAGAACUAGUUCAGAAAGUAUGUUACCUAUAUCAAGUCUCACGAGGAACCAAGUCAGUGAUGUCAGAAAGAAAAUGGAUAGAGGUAUCCGUGUAUGAAAAUCAGAGAUGGUGGGCAGGUACAGGUUAUACAUCUCAGCUGCUGAGAUCAGAAAGAUCAGCUUGGUCUAAUAUUUGUGGUUCAGAGCCGUUGCUGCCAAAAGAUGAGAUGCUUCCACCAAAGAAUUAUACAUGGGAGGAAAAUGGGUGGCAGCUUGAUAUAACAGGACCAUGGACAGAUGAUGCUUUAGGAAUAGUGGUAAAUUAUAUGUGAAAAUAAAAAUAAGAACAGACACAUUGAGCACAAAUUUAUAUACAUAUAGGAUUUUGUAGAGUGUGAUGAAAAUGGUUGGGUUUAUACAGAUCACCGUUGGCUCAAAGAAAAAGAUAAUAGAAAUGAAACAACGAAGGAAUUAACGAGAAGAAGAAGAUGGUUUAGGAAGGCAAUAUCAGUAAAAAGUGCUUGAUUAUUAUAUUGUAUAUAUACAUGUAUGCAUAUAUAUAUAUAUAUGUAUGUAUAUAUAUAUAUUUCCCCAAUAAAUAUAUUCUAUGUAAAAGGCAACAAUUAAGCUGAUUUAGCAUAAAUUAUUGAAUUUACUAUAGC